CGCAAGUCUGUGGCGACGUGGAAAUAUGAUGGAAUAGGACUAGAGUCAAAUCAUCGUUUUCUCAAAUUAGCAAACUGUUGUUUAUCAUUGACAUCUACAUCAUUAGCUACUGUUCAGUAAGCAGAAGACUUCAGAAGAACCUGGGAGAAGUAAGCUAGCUAGGUGCCACGAGAGCAGUGAAUUUGACAGUACAGUACCUGAUGUGGUAGUGGGAGAUGAGACAGUGAGAGAUAGCCUCUCCCUAGAUCCACAUCCCAUGAGAUGGGAGCCAACACCAGCCAGGUCAGUGACCUGUCAGAGAACCAGAGCCUCCGGACCCUGAUCGGCACAGAGUCCAUCUCAGAUAAUGACCCCUUCUGGAACCAGCUAAUCUCCUUCACAUUCAUCAGCCCCACUAGCAGUGGUAACUCCAAGCUGUUGGAAGAGGCAGUUAUUCCCCUGGCCAAGAUCCUGAUUGAGAACAAUCCCAGAACAGGGAAUUUUGGAGCCCUGGUGAGAAUAUUCCUGGGAAGAACCAAAGAGUUGAAAAUAUCCACAGAAUGCCAAGAUCAGCUGUUCAUCUGGCAGGCCCACAAUACUUUGUUCAUGAUUCGCUGCCUUCUCAAAGUCUUCAUCAGGGAGAUGACGGAGGAGGAGCUGCACUUACAGCUCUCCUACCAGGAGAGGGUGCCAGGCUCCUGUGACACAGGGAGCGAGGUACUGCUGGAAGAGCUGAUGUGUAACCUCGUACACCUGGUGGUGGAGGUUCCCCUGCUGGACAUCACGUACAGUAUCCUGUUUGAGGCUGUGACCACCUUGCUGGUGCUGCUGUCCUACCAACUCUUUCACAAGGAGAUCCUGAGAGACGGACUCAUCUACCAGUACCUGAUGAAGGGGCGAUGUUUGUCCCUGACCAGUCAGUUGGUGAAGACUCUGCUGUAUAACUUCAUCAGACAGGAGAAGUGUCCGCCUCCUGCCACACACAUCUUUGAACAGCAGUCUGACAGAGGAGGCCUGCUCUACGGACUUGCCUCGGGAGUAGCAAGUGGGUUGUGGAGUGUGUUCGCGCUGGGUGGAGCCGGCAGUAAGCCAGGAUUGGACCAGGAACAGAACCCUCUGCCACUGUCCAAUCAGAGCCUGUUAUUGCUCCUGGUGCUAGCCAAUCUGACAGAUGGCCCCAACAACUGUCCCAACCCCUACAGACAGGCUGUCACGUGCUUCAAAAACACACAAGACACGUCAUCCAUCCCUACAGAGCAGCACCAUAUGUUCCAGAUCAACUUCAACAGCCUUUACACAGCUCUGUGUGAGCAGCAGAGAUCCGACCAGGCUACACUGAUACUCUACACACUGCUACACCAGAACACCAACAUGAGGACAUAUAUGCUGUCACGCACAGACAUGGAGAACCUGGUGAUGCCCAUCCUCAAGAUCCUGUAUCAUGUGGAAGACGGGAACUCUCAUCACGUCUACAUGGCCCUCAUCAUCCUCCUCAUCCUCACUGAGGAAGAUACCUUCAACAGAUCCAUACAUGAGGUGGUAUUAAAAAACAUAACUUGGUAUUCAGAGCGUUCAUUAACAGAAAUCUCCCUGGGUAGUCUACUCAUCCUGGUGGUUAUACGCACCAUCCAGUUCAACAUGACACGCACCCGGGAUAAGUACCUGCACACCAACUGCCUGGCUGCCCUGGCCAAUAUGUCUGCCCAGUUCCGCUGCCUACACCAGUAUGCAGCCCAGCGCAUCAUCAGCCUGUUUGCACUGCUGUCCAAGAAGCACAACAAGAUUUUGGAGCAGGCUACCCAGUCUGUACGGGGCCUGCGGCGGGCAGACUACGCCCAGGACCUGAUUGUGAUCGAGGAGGUGAUCAGGAUGAUGCUGGAGAUCAUCAACUCGUGUCUGUCGAACUCUCUACACCACAACCCCAACCUGGUCUACGCCCUGCUCUACAAGAGAGAGCUCUUCGAACAGUUCAGAACACACCCCUCCUUCCGGGACAUCGUGCAGAACCUCGACACGGUGAUAGGUUUCUUCAGCCAGCGUCUUGAGGCAGCAGGGACAGACUUGUCAGUAGAGAGGGUUCAGGAGGUCAUCAUGAAGGGAGCACAGGCCCUGCCCAAAGACCGCCUCCAGACGUUCCCGGAGCUGAAGUUUCGGUACGUGGAGGAGGACCAGCCUGAAGACUUCUUCAUCCCAUACGUGUGGUCCCUGGUUUUCAACUCUGGAGUAGGCCUUAACUGGAGCCCUACGGGCAUAGAACUCUUCGGCAUGGACUCUGGCUGAUUGUGGGAGUUCACGUCUGUCUAGCUAUGGGCCAAUCCAAACUUCCACUUUAGUCAAAUGUUCACUUAGUCAUGCAUUGAUGUAAAUGGGAGAUGUUACCUUAGUGGAAGUUAGGAUUCGCCCCUGUGUGUGUGUGUGUGUGUGUGUGUGUGUGUGUGUGUGUGUGUGUGUGUGUGUGUGUGUGUGUGUGUGU